AUGGGAGACGAACCAUCGUCAAGUAUUGCUCCUAGGAAGGUAUACUCUCUCUUUCUCUCCCCCCCUCCCCUCCCACUUGUCUCAUAACCACCCCAGACAAAAUUUAGCCUCUUUAUACUGCCAUUUAUGUAUGUGUUUACAGUUUGCUACCAGAAUUUAUUAUUACUUUUUUUUUGCAGAUGAAAUUUACUCCAAAGAUCCCUCCCCGAAAGCCAUCCAAAACUCCAGUGCCUAAACCGUAUCUCACUCUACUUGGCUUCAUGCAAACUUUUUUCGCUGUAGUUUGUGAUUUGUGCUAACAUCUCUUCACAUUAUUUUUACAGAGAAGAAACUGCAUCUGAGUUCGGGGAUAUAAUGGAUCACAGUUUAUUGAGGCUUGUGAAGGUACUUCAUGUCGUGGUCAUUAGGGUUUCUUUUUGAUGGUCAUGAUUGUGCAGUUGUCCUGUUAAUGUCCUUUACUAUUCUGUUCUUGCUCAUAACGAAUUGGUACUGUGGAUCAGCAAGCUGAGCUCGGUUCAGGAAGAAGGUCAUCUAUGGCUGAAAGAAAGGGUUAGUUCCAUGAAUUUAAAUACUACUUUCUGUGCCGCACAAGUCAGAGCCAUGAUGGCUAUUGCUCUGAGCCGCACUUCUAAUUAUUCGCUUACCUUCUGAAGAUCCUAUUACCUCAAAGAACUUUCAAACUGCAUUUACCAUCUCUUAAUUUUCCUCACGAAUAUCUAUAAUAAUGCCAUAAGUGGACAUUUUUUCUUUCUAUUUUAGCCCCCGUCCAUUUCUAAACAAAAGAAUGAGAAGGUUUUGUGCUUUUAUGACUCAAUAAUUUGAUGAACGGGAGAUUCAAAGUCAAAACAAAAGAUUGGGUUACUUGGUUUUACCUCUCUGAAAGCCACUGGAAUUAUGGAUUGCACAUCUUGCUCACGUGGGCAUAUAGGUGCCCACAAACUAUAUACCUUUUCCUGUUAACGAACAGAAUGUUUUGUUUCCUUUUCUUUACAGAAAAUAAUGUACCCUUAUGUUAAAAAACGUGUUCUAGUGAUGUGGGACUUGUGAUGCGGUUUCCUCUAAUCCAAAAUUGAGCCUGUCUCUUGCCUGACUUGCUGGGCAUGAUAGAUGAAUAGUGAGAGGGAGAGAGUGCGUGAGGUGAAGAGGCGGGAAAAGGAGAAUAGAUUUGGGUGUUUGGAACAUAAAUGUAACCGUAGAAAUUGGGAUGGCAACUAAAUCAAAUUAGCGCAAGUUAGGCUUUUUUAGUCUACCUGAAUAUUAAUCAAUCUCAAGCAUGAUUAACUCGGUUAUUUUUAAUGGAGGAACUAAUAUUUAUAUGUAGUUUGUUUAUAGAAAAAAUAAGGGCUUAUCUAUGAUUCAAAUGAUUCGUGGGAUGGCAAAAUUAAAGAACAAAAACAAAGGUUUACUGACGAUAUAUGACUAUUCCUUCAUACUCCUUCAUGUUUUUUACAUCAGUGUUUAAUAGGUCAUUCAUAUCUUAGUUUUGGUACUGUACACAGUCUUACUGCGUGUGGUGAAUUGUAUUCUAUAGUUAUCCUGUUUAAACAUUCUCAAUAACAGUUCUUUUUUAAAUACAUUAAAUGACCAUAUAUGAAACUUUUAUUAUUUAUGUUAUCAUUAUAUAUCCCUUAUUUUUAUCGUUAUAAUUAUUUUUUUUACAUUUUAUCUUUUUUAUUUGCUCAUAAUUCAGUACCUACCACAUUCAAGCUAAUUGAAUACUGGUGUGAUAAAUUACUCGAACUGUCUUGCCAUUCCAUAGAGGAUGUAGUUGGGAGUUUUGCUGCAAAAGAUCCUGUGGCAUAAUCUUGCUAAAUCAUAAUUUAAAUAUCUGCUUCUGUUAAAUGUACCCAGAUGAUCUACUCGCCUUAUUUCUCUUGCUUAUUAUUUAUGCAAUAUGAAUGACAUAACAUGAAGAGGCUUUCAUUAUGAAUUCAGUUUAGCUAUUAUAACAGUUGAAUUCAAUGCUGUUGCAUAGAGGCUUUUAGCAGUUGAAUUCUAUUGCAAACAGUUUAUCUAUUGUAAUUUUAUAGUCUUUGCUGGAAUCCAUCUCUUCUGUCAACGGCCCAAGAAACUUAGUUACAUAUUCAUAAUGAGUUUGUGCCAGAUCUUCCUGGUAGUUAACUGAGAAGACCAAUUUCAUGAUUUUGAAGGACGAUCUUAUGCAAAUUGACAAGGACCUGUGCCUUCCCCUCUGAUGAAUAGACAUAUUUACAUCUUCGAAUGUUAAUGGGUUUGAAGGAUAAGGUGAACUGUGAAUACCGUAUGGAUAGUCAACGAUAUUUCAGUGCACUUCAUUUCUCGGAAAAAAGUAGUCAUGAGUUUGUAGGGUGGCCUUCUCCCAUGUGAUUGAAGUGCGCCAGUGGCACAUCCACGGUAUUGUUUAUCGGAAUAUGUCGGUUGUUGGCUCCUUGAUGAAUGUUUAAUAAGACAUCCACGUGUACGAACUAGUUUCACCUUCACUCAUUCAGUCAUGUUUCGAAAAAUGCAAUAAAAUAGUGUGGCAGAUUUUGUAUCAACACGUCGUCAGAGGACGUUUAGUGGUCAAUCUGAGUUACAAGUUAUUUCGUGUCACUGAGUCAAAGAAUUUCAAGAGAAUCUAUGGCGAGAACUGACCUCGGUCCAUUGCCUUUAUUAGAUGCUCCAGUCAAACAAAUCUACUGGCAAAGAGUGCUUGUUUGUUUUUCUUAGCCAGGUGUUCCUAUUCUUCUUAUAUUUAUCAGCCUAAAUGUAGUUUGAUAUUAUUUUUUUGAUCUUUAAUUAAUUUUUUCUUUCAGCUGCCUCAAUGGAAGUAACGUUUGGGCAUACAGAGAGGAGAAGUUCUGCACGGUCCUUUGGUAUCCCAAGAACUGGAAAUAAAUCCCAAGGUCGGACCCCUUUAUUCCUUAUUUUUCUUUCCCUCCCUAAUUUUUUAGCUUUUGGUUGAAUCACCUACUGAUUUCUUUGAAUUUGAAUGGCUUUUCCGCAGAUGAUGGCAAUAUAUCAGCAGCAAUACAAGAGAAGAGAGAUUACGUUGACCCUUGGGUUCGUUACAGAGCAUACAUGUCUGCCGCAUUCCCCUCCUCCUCAAUCUCUCUGCUUUACUGAUUUGUCUCGUCGGCACAUUCUAGGAUUACUGCUCUUACUAUCCUGUGACACUUCCCCUGAGGAGACCACACGCGGGGAAUCCAGGUCAGUUUGAAUGAGCAUUUGAGUGAGCCGUUCGGCAGCCAUUUGACAUAGAUUAUUUUUCAGAGCUUCUGGAUGAAGAGGAGUCUGGGGAGGCCUCUUCAACAAGCAUAGAAGAGUAUGAUGAGAGGAAAGUAGAUACGGCAAAAGAGUUAGCACUGGUGGUCCGCGCUCUAACCUCAACCACCAUUAGUAAUGCAUGCAGUCUUUGAUGCGAGCUCUCUGUCGUGGAUGGCAGGAUGGCAAUGCAGAUGGGCGGAUGUUCUUUUUCCAAUUGCCUGUGGCUCUACCACUGGGGAGAAGACCUGAAACUACCACCAAAGGCAAAGAAACUGGUGGCAAGAUGGCUGGAGUCUCAGGGAAUUGCUGCAGUUUAGAUGAUCUACCAGCUGGGUUUGUGGGGAAAAUGCUGGUCUACAAGAGCGGCGUCGUCAAGAUGAAACUUGGAGAUGCCAUCUUUGAUGUAAGCGCUCUCCUCUCCUCCAGCAAGCAUCUUUUCUUCGAGGUUAAAUCGUUCUCAUUUUAUAAUAUAAAGUCAAUAACAGAGUCAAUGGCCAGGUGCUCAGGAGAAAAGCCUGGAAAAUGGGUCACCCUUGUUGGAUGCCAUUAGGGUUUUGGAGAGUGGGGUCGGGGGUAUAAAAGGAGAAGAGGGACAUGAGGUCGUCACUGUUGUGGGUUUCAAUGGUGGUUGGAGCCCAGUGAAAGUAAGGGGGGUAUGGGGGGCUGCUGGGGAUUGGGUGAAGGGGUAGCAGUCUAAUGGGAAAACUGUGUUCAGUUUGAGCAGAGAGCUACCCUAAAAUGUGUGAACGGGCUUGUGAACCAGGGCUGUCCUAUGCCUAAACCUAGCCCAAUACGUCAACCCUAUUCAAAGCUCUGAACUUGUUGGAUGAUCUGAGGCAACCGGUCUGAUGCUUCUGAUGGGUUCCAAUCUACUAAAAGAAGAUGGACUUCGACUGUCUGCAGGUUUCACCGGGUUCAGAUUGCAUGUUUGCCCAGGAUGUGACGGCGAUCAACACCAAACAGAAGCACUGCUGUGCACUGGGGGAGCUGAACAAGCGCGUGGUUGUGAGACCCAACGUUGAUUACCUCCUUAAUUCUGUGAUACAACUGGAUUAG